AUGGCGCCCGCAAUAGCAUGUCAUGGCCUUUGCCUCGGCAUGAUGCUGGUCUGCAUGGCCCACGCGUUGAAGCUCGACACUUUUGCAGGUCAGGCCGAGGCCAAGCUGCUCUUGGAGGCUAUCGUCGACCAGCCCGAGGUACAGCAGCGCAAAAUGGUGGUGCAGGCCCACCAAGAUGAGGAGGAGGACUACACCUGCUCAGAGAGCAAGCCAUGCAAGCUGGGAUGCUGCGGGCCACUAGAUGACACCGGAGCAGGAGUCUGCGGCAUGGGACCGGACUUUUGCGGCGACGGUUGCACCUCCGGAUGCCAUUGGAAGAGCGAGUGCGAUCCCGGUUGGGGAUCAGAGUGGUCGAACACGACGACCUGUCUACUCAAUGUUUGCUGCAGUGAAUUUGGCUUCUGCGGCACCACGCAAGGCUUCUGUGGCGGCAAGACCGUGCCCAACCCCGAGUGUCCUGUCUCGGCAAAGUCCGCGAGUAAGAAGCUCAUCGGCUACUAUGAGGGUUGGAACCAUCAGCGUCCUUGCGGCAACAUGGAGCCAGAGGACAUUCCCCUGGGCUACUACACGCACAUCUUCUUCUCGUUUGCCCUCAUGGACCCGGACACGUUCCGCAUGGACGUCAUGGAUGAGGGGACCGCCAGUCGGUACGGCAGGGUCACGGCGCUCAAGGAGAAGGAUCCGGAGCUCGAGGUCUGGAUCGCCGUCUGGGGCUGGGCCAUGAAUGACCCUGGCCCCUACCGCACUGUCUUCUCAGAUAUGGCCAAGGGCGAGGCCAACCAGGACAAGUGGUUCGACUCGCUUAUAUCUAUGAUGCAGAAUUACGGCUUUGAUGGCGUCGAUCUGGACUGGGAAUAUCCCGUUGCCGAGGAUCGCGGUGGCAUUGAGGAGGACUUUGCGUCCUACGUCAACCUUCUCAGGCGCCUCCGUGAGCGUCUGAACCAAGAAGGUCGCCCAUACGGUGUCACCCUGACCUUGGGCCUGAAUCUUCUCUGGCGCAAUAACAUCAACCCGGAGCGCGUCGUCACGGGCUUGGGUUUCUAUGGGCGCUCGUUCACCAUGAAGGACCCCAGCUGCAUGGCGGCGGGCUGCGAGUUUCUCGAGGGCGCCGGGGAGGGUGAGUGUACCGGAACGGCGGGCGUGCUGUCCGCUGCCGAGAUCUCCAAGAUCAUAGAUGCCGGCGCCGACGUGACGCUGGACGAGACAGCCGCCGUCAAGAUUGUCACGUGGGACUCGGACCAGUGGGUGAGCUGGGACGACGAAGAGACGCUCAAGAUGAAGCUCGAGUAUGCGCAUCAGAGAUGCCUGGGAGGGACCAUGGUAUGGGCGAUUGACUUGGACGAUGGGACGUUGAUUAGCUCCCUGGGCAAGGCGUCUGGGCGGGCCAAGAAGCAAAUCAUCACGCCGAGGCCGUGGGUUGAAUGCUUCAAGGGAGACUGGUGA